AUGGUUAUGGCUAUUUCAUAUAGUAAUAAUAAUGCAUUUAUAGUAAAAUGUUCCAUUCAGAAAAGACCUUCUUAUGUGUCAGAAAAUUCUCAUCACCAUAAUAAUUUUCCACUCUUGUCUAACAUGAAAUCAACUCUACCUCAAGUCUCCUUGCAAAUUGAUGUUCUCAAAAGUAUGAAAAAUAGUAUAGCAAAAUUAGUUGAUGUGUUUGUUGAUUCAUUCUUUGAAUUCAUUGAUAAACCAUUGCUUCCAUCUAAGAGUAACUUUGCUCCUGUGGAAGAGUUAGGGGAAGCCUUACUUGUGAAUAGCAUUCAAGGACGAAUUCCAAGUGAUUUUCCGGAGGGCGUUUACAUUAGAAAUGGACCGAAUCCCCUUUUCGGAGGAUUGAAAUCAACAAAUUCAAUAUUUGGUAAGUCAAGUCACAUUUGGGUGGAAGGAGAAGGAAUGCUUCAUGCAAUGUAUUUUCAAAAGUCAAGUCAUGGAACCUGGAAUGUUACCUACAACAACAAACACGUCGAAACCGAAACAUACAACCUUGAAAAACAUAGAAACAAACCAUUGUUUCUUCCAGCCAUUGAAGGCAAUUCACUCGCCGUUUUGUUUGCUUAUCUCUUCAACUGGUUGAGAUCUGGAAAAGCAAACAAAUACAUUAGCAACACCAAUGUGUUUGAGCAUUCAGGAAAGUUUUACUCAGUUGCUGAAAGUCACAUGCCACAAGAGAUUGAUAUAUUUUCCUUGAAAACUUUGAACAACUGGGAACUAGGUGCAGCUUGGAAUCGACCUUUUACGAGUCAUCCAAAGAAAGCUCCAAUUACAGGAGAGUUAGUAACAUUAGGCGUGGAACCAAUUAAACCUUUCGCCGUGGUUGGAGUUAUUUCCGCUGAUGGAAAGAAGUUGGUUCAUAAAGUUGAUAUCAAACUAAACAGGUGUAGUCUUUGCCAUGACAUAGGUGUUACACAAAGGUACAAUGUGAUCAUGGAUUUUCCACUAACCAUUGAUCUUAUCAGACUUCUAAGAGGAGGCCAGUUAAUAAAGUAUGAUAAGAAAGAAUAUGCAAGGAUUGGAAUAAUGCCGCGCUACGGUAACUCCGACUCAAUCAAAUGGUUUGAGGUGGAACCUAAUUGCACCUUUCACAUUAUCAAUUCUUUUGAAGAUGGAGAUGAGGUUGUAGUUAGGGGAUGCAGAUCACUUGAUUCUUUAAUUCCUGAACCCAACCCGAAUUCGAAUGACUAUGAAUGGUUAUCUCGUGGUUACGAAUGGCGAUUGAAUAUGAAAACCGGAGAGGUUAAGGAGAAAGAUCUAUGUGGUGAGAAAGUAGUUUACAUGGAUUUUCCUAUGAUCAAUGAAAACUUUGUUGGUAUUAAGCAUAAAUAUGCUUACACACAAGUAGUUGAUCCAACUGCAAACUCCACCACUCAAGAUGUGCCAAAAUAUGGAGGUUUAGCUAAGCUAUACUUAGAAGAAUCAUGUGAAGAGUUUUCUAUGUCAAUGGUAAAAGAUGAAGGUAUAAAGAUGGAAUAUCAUAUGUUUGAGAAGAAUACAUAUUGCAAUGGAGCAGCCUUUGUGGGUAGAGAUGGAGGUGUUGAAGAAGAUGAUGGUUGGAUCAUUACUUUUGUUCAUAAUGAAGAUACUAACAAAUCUCAAGUUCAUAUAAUUGAUACAAAGAAUUUCUGUGCUCAGACAGUUGCCAAAAUUGAAUUGCCUUGUAGAGUUCCAUAUGGAUUUCAUGGAGCUUUCAUGCCAAUCUCAUUCCAAGAUCUCUAG